CUCACCACUCCAAAAGUCUCAGACUGGUGUGCUAACCAUGGUUGAUGUACCUCCUUAUUCUCUCACAGUGCUUGAAAAGUUCUUUCAUCCAGAAAGCCAUGGAAAUAUUAGCUGCUUUUGCUCAGUCCUUCAACGCGGUCUUGUUAGGGGCUCUCGCGGUUCUCCUGCUCAUUUUUUUCAUCAUUGUUUCAAACUUCAGUUCCCAAAGGAACGGGAAGCAGCCUCCAGGACCCAGAGCGCUUCCCGUGCUUGGGAACCUGCUGCAGCUGGACCUGACAAGACCCUACAACACAUUACUGAAAUUAGCCAAGAAAUAUGGCUCAGUCUUCACAAUCUACCUGGGACCCCAAAAGGUGGUAGUCCUGGCAGGAUUUAAGACAGUGAAGGAGGCACUUGUUGACCAUGACGAUGUGUUUGGAGACAGAUAUUCAAUCCACAUUUUGAAUGAAUUUAGCCAAGGACACGGGAUUUUAUGGUCCAACGGUGAUUCAUGGAAAGAAAUGAGGCGCUUUGCAUUGACUACUCUGAGAGAUUUUGGGAUGGGCAAGAGAGCAUGUGAGGACAAAAUCACCGAAGAAUGUCAACAACUCAUUGAGGUUUUUAAGAAAUUUAAAGGAAAAGCUUUUGAUACAACUCAACCAAUGAAUCAUGCAGUGUCUAAUAUUAUCUGCUCCAUUGUCUAUGGGAGCAGAUUUGAAUAUGAUGAUCCAGAGUUUACAGCUUUGGUGGAUCAAACAAACAGAAAUGCUCAAAUCUUUGGAUCACCUUCAGUACAGCUGUACAACAUGUUUCCAUCAUUGCUCAAGUGGAUUGCUAACAGGAAGGAAUUCCACAGAAUUGCUGCUGCCAACAUGAAGCAAAACCUCACCAUCAUCAAUCACUUAAAAGAGAAUCUGAAUCCACAGAUGAGCAGAAGCUUUGUGGAUGCCUUUAUGCUUCGCAAGCAAACACUGGAGGAAUCUGGGGUUACCAACAGUCACUUCCAUGAUGAUAACCUUUUGAUAACAGUCAUGAAUCUGUUUGCUGCUGGCACUGAGACGACAUCAACCACACUGAGAUGGGCACUUCUGCUUAUGGCCAAGUAUCCAAAGAUACAGGAUGAGGUCCAGGAGGAGCUGAGGAGGGUCAUAGGAGAUCGCCAGGUGCAGGUCGCUGACAGGAAAAACCUGCCCUUCACUGACGCCGUCAUCCAUGAGACGCAGAGACUGAGCAGCAUCUUCCCCGCUGGACUUCCUCACAAAACCACCCGAGACAUCACUUUUCAAGGUCACUUUAUCGAGAAGGGAACCACAGUGUUUCCUCUCUUGACAUCUGUCCUGCAUGAUCCCGACGAGUGGGAGAGACCACACAGCUUUUAUCCUGCACACUUUCUGGACAAAGAGAAAAAGUUUGUCAAGCGAGACGCCUUCAUUCCAUUUUCUGCAGGUCGCAGGAUUUGUCUUGGAGAGGGUCUGGCCAGGAUGGAGCUCUUCCUCUUCUUCGUCACCCUCCUGCAGCAUUUUCGUUUCACUCCUGCACCUGGAGUUUCAGAGGAUGAAUUAGAUCUGACGCCCAGUGUGGGCAUUACACUCACCCCUCCACCUCACAAACUCUGUGCUGUUUCCCAAAUAUGAGGACGAGGCAGUCUUUGAGUGUGUGAAGAAUUCACCUCAGUUUGAUUCAAAUUAGUCCGUCGUUGUUGUUGUUGUUUGUAUGGCUGCAAAAUAAAGCAAUCACAUGUCUGCAAAUUAAUUCACUUCUGAAUAAUUUCAUUUCAAGGUUAUUUUCAUG